AUGUCCUGCAAUAAUCUCACCCUCCACGUUCACAUUUUCAUCGAUCCGAAGCGUUUGGUCGAGAAUUGGCAACAAAUUACGAUGCUUUUCUUCUACUCGAUCGAGAUUUUCCUCUUGGCCGUCAGCUUAAUCAUUUUACCGCUUUCGUGCAAAAUUUUGCACACACUGAAGCUUUUCCACUGGAAUCUCGUGAUGAUCUACAUUUUGGCGUUUGGUCCAUACGAGUUCUCGAUAAUCUCUCGUUACAUUUUAAUCCUCUACACGAUUGGCGUCAUUGGACCCGGGGAUUUCGAUUUGUUAUCCUGUGAUUUCGGUGCCCUCGCAGCGAGCACUUUCCGCAUUUUCUAUAUGUCAUUGGCUGUCGCCGAAACUCGAGCCGAUCCAAACGCUUUCAUUGCCUAUUUUUUCUACGAAAUCGCUGAUUUACUCAUUGCUGUCUACGGUGUCGUGGUGAUCGUUUUACCCGUUUACACGUGUCACGAGAUUCGCUACGUUUUCAUCAAAUUGGUGAAAAGUUGGCGAAUCACCGAUCUGCUCCUCAAAUGCGCCCGUCCGCAUCGUCGUGUCCGUGUCCGUGUCCGUGUCUCUACCUCAGUUUCUGUUGUCUCCACAACGCAACCCGAUCAGCCUGAUCAUCCGGAUUUUGUAAUUGGCCGUUUGGGUGACACCGUCUAUCUUGGUGCCACCCAGGAGGAUUAUUUUCGACAAAUUCGAACCGUUUGG